CCUCUUGAAGCAACCACGUAUCCAACAAACAGAACACUAUACUACUAUUUCCGGGAAAAAACCAGACAACCACAUAUACUAUACAAUGCAAGCAAUAUUGGUGGAACUCUUAGAGUAUCAGCUGAAGUUAAGUUAAUCAAUUAAUGGCGGUGGGAAGAGGUGGCAGAAGCCUUAUGGGACCAUUCUUGGUCAUAAACUUAGUUGUUUAUUUAAUAGUACUAGGACUUGCUGGUUGGUCACUUGACAAAUACAUUGAUGGAGAACAAAAUCACCCCCAUUUAGGUGGGAAUACAUCAACAAGUUUUAUGUUGAUGUUUGCAUUGAUUGGGGGAGUGAUGGGUGCUUCCUCUAUGCUAGCUGGGUUUAUUCAUCUCCGAAAAUGGACAAGUCAAAGCUUGGCUACUGCUGCUACUUCUGCUAUCAUUUCUUGGGCCAUUACGGCUCUUGCUUUUGGUCUUGUUUGCAAGCAGAUAAUAAUGGGAGGUCACAGAGGAAAACGUCUGCAAACUUUGGAAGCCUUGAUCACCAUAGCUAUGGUUAGUCAAUUGCUCUAUAUACUGUUGUUGCACGCUGGGAUCUUUCGCAGCAGAUAUGGCCCUGUUUAUGGUUCCUAUGGACCUCAGCACUAGCUUUUGCUCAACUUAACCUCCCCUGGUCCAGCUCCGAAAUCGCUCUCUCGAUGAUCAAAUUACAUGAUUCGUGUAUAUAAGUUAAGUACAUAGGAUUGGGAGCUUUCCACUAUGCGGAUUAGACUUAAGAACUUGUACACUUAGAACUCGUACACUGUAUACUCAAUAUCUGAGGGACGCUUGUGCUUUGUAUGCUUGAUAACUAAAGGAAAGUAUGCUUGCCCUUCAAGUAUUUUUGCUUCAAUGUAGUGGCUUAAAAGACUUACAUUUCACUCCCUUUUUCAUCGAUUGGCACGGUAAGAAAUAGCUGUACAUAAAAAAUGGGUUCUUGUUUUAGAAGGAUCCGGGGGGAUUCGAAACAUUAGAUGCAAGGGAUGUUAGUUCCUGCUUUGAAAUGCAAGGUUUAAUAAGAAAGAACAGAAAACUGAGUUCAGAAACCAAUUUUUCGAUAGUGUAUUAUGUGCACGAGGCCAAAACAUGGCCCUACUGCCAUUGGAAUUCCAAUGUUUCAGAUUUAAGCAGCAAGAAGGUAGAAUCAGCCUCGUCACAACAUAGCACCAGUAGACAACAU